AUGGUGGUAUGUGUGAAUUGUGGUUUGGAGGUGUUGACGUUGUACCACGUGUACAACGAGGUUAACUACUGCCUUGCGACCUGCGAAAACUGCGGGGAAAUCUGCGAUAAAUAUGUCGAGUGGGAAAUUCCACUCAUCAUCAUCGAUCUAUUCCUCUUCAAAAUUCAAGUCUACAGACACUUGAUACAUAAUCACUCUCCUUCCCCUCCUCUCUCUCCCUCUCUCUCUCCUACUCACAGAAGUAGUAUGGGAGGAGUUAGGAGAGUGGGAUUGAGGAUAAGGAGUACGUUGGUGCGUGUGAUGUUACUGUUGAUAUCGGCGACGAUACUGGACAGUUACUCGAUGUUAACGUCGUGUAACUACUUGACAAGCCCGCCGAACAUCUGCUUUCCACAGUUCCAAUCCUACAACCAGUCACUCCUCACACAAACCUCCAAGUUCUUCCGUACCCAAACUAUCCACAAUCGUAUCUCCAAUCGCAUCUCCAAUCGUAAUUCCAACUUAUCUCAAGGUUUUACCAACCGUGUCUCAGGGUUUACCAACGUAUUUGACAGUAUUUAUGAACCUACCUCAGGUUCUUCCAACGUAUCUAAGGGUGCUUCCAGCCGUACCUCAGGUGUUUCAGGCGUAUCUGAGGGUAAAUCUGAAGGUACUGAGGUGUUGGAGUUGGUGGAGAAGAUGUCGAGUGCGAUGAUGUGUUAUUCUCGGUUGAACAUAUUUAAGCGUGUGGGAAUGAACGCCGAGUACUGUAACCGCACGUACAGCCGUGCCAUGGAACUGUUCUUCCUCAUUUUCCUGCAAAAUCCGACACUCUGUUCCUGGAGUAAAAACCUCACCGCAGACUGCAAAGAUAUUACCGAACUCGGGAUCAUCUCACUCUCAAUUCUCAGGGUUCUCUCUUACUGCCUUUAUGUUAUUAUUUUUUACACAAUUCUACGGAGAUUCAAACUUAUCACUCACAAACGGAGGAUUAACAGGAAGAAACGGAGGAUUAAUGAAAAAGAUGACAAUUUGUGUGAUAAAAAAAUAAAUGCCAAAGUUGAUCGGGUUAGGAAUUUACGAGGAAAAUAUCACACCAAUUCUGCUGCUGAGAAUGACAGUACAGUUACUCCACUGUCCACAGUGGAGACAACAGUGUCUACAGGAUUAAAGGGAGUGUUGAAUAUGUUUUACGCGUUGUUGUUGAGUUUUCACAUAAAAUCUCUGGUGUUGAUGAUUAAUGUUUGGUACCCUACGCACACGAUUUUAAUUGUCAUUGAGCUGUACAUUUACCUGAACCACAUCGUGGAACUAAAGGCGAUUUCUAACCUCUCACUCGGCGUUUCAGCCUUCAUCGUCGUCACCGGCGCCCUUCUCAAAAUCGCAAUCUACUUCCUCUGGUUCCACAUCAUCAACACUCUCAACCUACACUAUUUCUACUCAUAA